AAGGAACGAAAAUUUGAUUGAUGCAUUUCAUUUCAUUUCAUUUCACGACGCUCCUCCUCCUCCCUCUCUUGUUUGUGCCUCCCCAUUUUCAGACCACACCACCGAAUAGACAUAACAAUAAUUUCCAAAUGGCCCUUCUUUGUUCUCCACCAGAGAUGGCCUCAAGCUUCGCAAUUUGCCCUAAAACCAGCAGUUGCAGGAGGAGCAAGAGAGAGAGCAAGUCCAGAAAUGGGGUGAACAUUAGGGUUUCUUUGGGGCCUGAUUGCCGGAGGUUGGGUUCCUCCUGGGAGUUGAUGGAGAGAGAGAGAGUUGAUGCUGUACAGAGGGAGUUGGGAAUGGGGAUUUUGGGUGAAGUGUUUGUUUCUCAGCUGAAUUUGUUGAGUUCUGUACAGUAUGAGCCACCUUCUUCUAAGCAGAAGGAAGGAGGUGACAAUAGCAAGCAGGAUUACUAUGUGAACUUGGGUUAUGCCAUUAGGACUUUGAGAGAGGAUCUGCCCGAGAUUUUCUAUAGGGAACCCAGUUUCAAUAUCUACAGGGAUGACAUUGUCUUCAAAGAUCGUCUGAACACCUUUGGAGGUAUUGACAACUAUAAGCUCAUCUUCAGGGCCUUGCGCUUCUAUGGAAGGAUCUUCUUCAAGGCAUUGUGGAUUGAUCUCCACACCGUUUGGCAGCCUGUUGAGAGCACAAUCAUGAUCAGAUGGACAGUCCAUGGCAUCCCUAGGGUACCAUGGGAGAGCCAAGGCAGGUUUGAUGGCACAUCAGAGUACAAACUGGACAAAGAUGGAAAAAUCUAUGAGCAUCGCGUUGACAACUUUGCUCUUAAUUCACCUCCCAAGUUUCGAGUUUUGGGUGUGGAGGAGCUUAUACAGGCACUUGGCUGUCCUUCAACCCCGAAACCAACUUAUUUCGAGAUAAUACCUGUUUCAUUUACAACGUACAUGUCAUAUUUUAUGUGGUUCACUUGGGUGAGGAAAAGCAAUUCUAAGCCUAUGCAAAGUCACACAAAGUAAAGCUGCUAACAGAAAAAUGGUUCAGCCUGGUGUGAAGUGACUUCUGCCAUGGCCUAAGUGCACAGGAGCCUGCAAGACAUAUCGUAAUGUUAACAGCUACCAUGGUGGGAUCGUUCGCAAAUGCGCAAGCAGCCGUUGCAGUGGAAAUGUUGCUGUCCCCUUGCAGAUUGGGCCCAAUGAAUCAUGUGAAUUGUUUCAAGGAACAUGGAUUUGUGUGACACCUGCCUCUCUUCAGUUUUUUGCACAGCGUGUUGUGUGAGGCUUACUUCUAUAUUAUCAUCUCUAGAGCUUGUUUAUGAUGGGGUUAACAACAUUUAGAUUGAUGUCAUUGUGAUACAUAAGAUUCUCUUACCUUUUCUUCUCCCAUGCUUGUAACCCGAUUUCUUUUUGCAUGAUACCAAGAUGUCUUGCAUGGUUUUGCA